AUGAAAAGUGGCGAUCGACCGACUGUAGCGAAAGCCGAGACCUCCGCAUCCCGAUUCGAGCUUCUUCCUUUUCCACAACAUACAGCAAGACUGUACUGCAAGGCCAUGGCAGAUCAACACAGCGCGUAUACUCUGGGCCACAAAGCCUCCCAGGUCCAGCAUCACGAAUGGCGCACCGCCGAGAACAGCGCCGGUCACCUCCUCCCGCACCUCAAGGACACAGCGUCCAGGACCCCAGGCUUGAAGUUCCUCGACGUUGGCGCUGGGUCCGGCACCAUCACCGCUUCCUUUGCAAAGUACAUGCCUCAAGGCCACAUCACGGCUACAGACAUUUCAGAUGAGAUCCUACAAAGAGCUGCGAGCUUUGCCAAGAAGCAAGGCGUGGACAACAUUACCUUCCAGAAAGCCAACAUUUUCGAGCUGCCCUUUGAAGACGGAGCAUUUGACAUUACUCACGCCCAUCAGGUGCUCGUUCACCUGGAUGAGCCAGUGGCGGGGAUCAAGGAGAUGAUUCGGGUGACCAAGAGAGGCGGUAUUCUGGCUUUGAGAGAAGCUGAUAUGGAGCACAUGGUCAUCUGGCCCGAGUUGCCUGGCGUCAUCGGCUUUCACGAGACACUCCUCUCUACGUGGAGAGCUAGUGGAGGACAUCCCAACGGCGGGCGCCAGCUCGUGAGCUGGUCGCUGCAAGCGGGCGUCCCUCGAGACGACAUGACGGCAACCAUGGGAACAUGGUGUUAUAGCCAGGAAGGCGACAGAAGGAUCUGGGCCGAUUCCAUGAUGGAGAGGGUCAAACAUGGCCAGAUGAGAGUCAAGGCUCUGGAGAUGAAGCUGCGGUCGGAGCAGGAUCUGGAUGCGAUGGCCAAAGGCAUAUGCUCCGGCAAGAAAACGGUUGCUCACUAUCUUGUUGAGCACCAUGGCUUCAAACGCCUAUAUCUAAAGGCGUCGCCCAAGGAGGCCAGCGCUUCGGCGCCAGAUGCUUCAAGCAACGCGCCAAGUGAAGAGCAAUCACCUGACUCUGAGCCAGAGGCCUUCAGCGGCGCGUUGAGCUCGAGUGCUCUGACGACCAAGAACGGCCCAAGGCUGGCAGCCAAGGGGUCGCUCGCCUUGCGGCCCCAGCCCCAGGAGCAUAGCUUCACCUCUGCCGAAGAUCUACUCGACUUUGUCACGAGGCGAUGGCGGAGUCGUUUUGUCAUUACUGACAUCCCCACCGAGGCUGUUCUUGACGUGUUUCUCCGACGACCCUUCUUCCUCCUCCUGUCCAUCGACGCGCCCCUCACCGUGCGCUGGAAGCGCUACCGUGACCGCUCCAGCAGUGCGUCCGAGGCUUCGCGGAUCAGCCUCGAAGACUUUGUCGACCAGAACGAUCGGCAUUUGUAUGAUCCACACGACGGUCUGCAGUCCCUCAUCUCACGCGCUACUGUUCGCUUGCUCAACACGUCGUCCUCGCUGGCCCAUCUCUACGCUAAGCUCGGCAAGCUGGACAUCCCCAACCCUGACCGCCUGCGGCCCGGAUGGGAUACGUACUUUAUGGCACUCGCCUCGCUCGCGGCGCAGCGCUCCAAUUGCAUGAAGCGUCGCGUGGGCUGCGUGCUCGUGGGUCGCGAGCGUAGGGUCAUCAGCACGGGCUACAACGGCACGCCCCGAGGCCUGACGAAUUGUGCCGAUGGCGGGUGCCCGCGCUGCAACGAGGGCAACGGGUCUGGCGUCGGCCUGGGGACCUGCCUGUGCAUUCACGCCGAGGAGAAUGCGCUGCUGGAAGCUGGCAGGGAGAGGAUCCGUGACGGCGCAGUUCUAUACUGCGAUACGUGCCCGUGUUUGACGUGUAGCAUCAAAAUUUGCCAGGUUGGAAUUAGUGAGGUUGUGUAUGCGCAUGGAUACAGCAUGGACAAUGACACGGCUGCCGUCUUCCAGCAGGCGGGCGUCAAAUUGCGGCAGUUUACACCGGACUCGUUGUCCAAGCGUAAGGAUGGAGAACAACCGGCACGAUUCACCUGGAACAUCCGAGGCGAUCUGUACACUCAAUUCCUCGACGCCCCUUCUGUACUUCAGAAUAUGUGGCACAAACUAGUGUACAGGGCCUGGCUCAUUGAGGAGCUCGAGAGAAACGUGGUACAUGGCUUGCCCGACAUAUGCGAGGCGGUCUUCCGGAACAACAGGGAACCUCAGCUGGUUGAUCGGCUUGAGAGACUGAAUCCGCAAGUGUGUCGGACUCAGCGGACGAUUGUGGGUGACAUGGUGAUGCUACGACACAUGCACGCCAACCAUGUCCAUCAGAGGACGAGCAACGAGGCGACAUGGGUGGUUGGUCUCCUGUCGGACGUUCAGUCGAUUCUUGACCAGAGCCUUACAGUAGCGAACUACGGGGAAGGCUACCACAUGAUUGCCAGAGUUGUCGACUCGAUUUAUGAGCACGUCGACCGUCUCAGUCCGAGCAACACGUGGAGCAGUGAGAACCGCCAUCGGCUGCAGCGUCAAUAUAUGAGGUGGAGCCACAUGCCUCCCAAGACGGAUGACUAUGUGACAUUGAGGCUCUACAACACAAGUACGCGUGAGCGUGCGCUCGUGCUUGGGUCUCUCCAGACUUUCUUUGAUAGGUGCAUAGACGCCAGGAACCAUCAGCAGGCUACAAGUAUCGGCUGA